CUGCUCCAAACGAUGUCCGAAUCCCUUGACAUGUGCCACGGGAACGCGUCUCGUGACCGGGAACAAUAGAACGGGGGCGACGUUUUAUAGGCAGAGGGAUCGCGUCCACAGCGUCACUGUCUAACGAGAGUUCAUUGUGUGCAGACGACCGCGUAUCACCAAUAACAUCGAAACUUUGCCGAAAUAAUAAUAAAUGUGCGCGAGGAUAUAGCGAGUAGGUGGGGCCGUCCGAAGACGCCCCUCUAGUUUUUUCGUCGGCGUCUGGGCGGCGCGAGGAGCACGCCUUGCGUCCCACGCGCUUGACGCAACGCCAGGCGAGACCGAACGCGCUACAACAACCGACGGCAUCGAGCCGACAAAUCGGUCACAACAACCGAACUAAACAAAUGCGAAUAACAAACACACCGUGAACUGUAACACAACGGAACACACAAAAUCCUUAUCGGUUUUGCUUAAUUGGCAGUUUUUUUUUUUUUUUAAUAUGAAAACCAUAGUAUCGGUAACGAUGCGAAGGCAACAGUGAAUGUAAAGUGCGCAGUGUCGAAAUCUCACCGGUCGACAGCGAAGUGACAAGUUAAAAUGAGCCCGCGAAAAAGACAAGUGGUGUUGCCAACAUGAAAAAAAUAUUUUUUCUUGGGGAACACAGAAUGACCGAGACAUUCCAUGCGGCCGUAAUUUUUUUGCUGUUUCUUUUACUCAAUAUGGCAAGCACGCGAGACAAUAUGUACUUAAGCCACCCGAAGCUCAACGCUGCACUAACGUGUCGUCUCGUUGGAGGUUUGACCAGAGAGCAGAGAUCCGUUUGCCACGAAGCACCGGAUACAACUGCCAUAGCCUUUGAGGGUCUUCAGUUAGCGGUCAAGGAGUGUCAGCAUCAGUUCCGAUGGCAUCGAUGGAACUGCUCCAGUCUAUCUGUUAAGAGCAGUAAUCCUCAUUCCAGUGCUAUAAUGAAGAGAGGCUUCCGCGAGUCUUCUUUCCUCUACGCGUUGACCGCAGCUGGAGUUGCCCAUGCAAUUGCAAAAGCCUGUGCCCAAGGUCGACUCCUUUCGUGCGGGUGUGACGCGCUUGGUUACAGAGGCUCGCACGACCACCGGGGACGGACGAGAGUCAAUAAUAAAUGGGAAUGGAGCGGGUGCUCUCACAACCUGGGCUUUGGUAUUGAAUUCUCGAAGAAGUUCCUCGAUGUCAGAGAGAAAGUCGACGACUUGCAAUCGAGGAUAAACGUCCACAAUAAUGACGCUGGGAGAUCGAUACUAUCGUCUCAUAUGGAGGUGCGGUGCAAAUGUCAUGGUUUGUCCGGAAGCUGUCAACUGCGGACAUGUUGGAGGACCACGCCUGAUUUCAGAGUGGUCGCUUCAACUAUCAAAAGACAGUAUCGGAAGGCAUUAGUUGCAGCGCAAGAGGGACAGAUUAAUAACGGCAUGUCAGUAUUGAAGGGUAGACCGAGGGGUAGGAGGAAGAGCAAACCACGACCGGCGCCAAAGACAAGUCUGUUGUUUUUUGAACGGUCACCUAAUUUCUGUGAAGUGGACCCCAGGACGGACUCGGCCGGCACAAGUGGGAGAGUGUGUCGUGUGGGACGACCCUCGAGGUCUGGCGCUUGCGAGCUCCUGUGCUGCGGUCGGGGUCACUCUCUCGUCAGGAAAUCCAGCAUUAAGCCCUGCAACUGUACCUUUCACUGGUGCUGCACUGUCGACUGUCAACGGUGCAGAGACGAUAGAUGGAUCGCUGUUUGUAAAUAAAUAUGUACGUCACAAUUUUGGAUCUGUAUUUAUAGACCGGUAGGUGUAUCGCGGUAGGCAGCGGCAUUGCUGAAGUCCAUGGGGGAUGGUAACCACUCACCAUUAGGUCGGCCGUAUGCUCGUCUGCCUACAAGGGCAAUAAAAAAAAGACCGAUGGAAGUUCUAAUAUUUGGAAGUCUUCGUGUUGCCACUGCAUUUCGCCAGCCGUCAGCUAAUAAAGAAAAGACAACGUUAUAGUAAAGACAAAUCAUUAAUUGCAUUCAUUAUUUUAGAUCUAAUUACAAUAAUCUGAAAGGGUAUUUUAAACAUCUUAAUGGGCCGAGGAACAAAAUCCCUCCACUCACAGCCGAACCACCGCUAAACAUUUAAGACUGUAGAUCAUAAGGGAAUGCUUUCCGUAAAUGAAGGGAUGUGUUUGUGUUAUUAAUUCCUAAAAUACCAAAAAAUACGUUCGACAAUUAAUUGUGUUUAAUUUAAAAAUGAACGCUAUUUAAAAAUCGAAAUUACCAUAACAUUGCUAGUUCAGGAAAAGAGAACUCACAAGACGCUUACAAAAUAUUUUUCGUUUCAUUAGGCUUGGUAUUAUUAUCUUAUCUUUUAAGAAUUUGAGAACGGGAUAUUAAUUUUAUAAGAUUAUCUGUGCUAUUUAGGAAAUUGAACAACUCAAAAAGGUGCUGUAAAAGUCCUGUUAAUGAAUCUAUAAAAAUUUGGGUGUAUCAACCUUUGUUCAAUCAUUGACGGUCAAAAGACAAAACUACGUAGUUCAAGUGUGUAAGCAUCGUGUUUUUAUUCAUUUGUAUACAAAUAGAAUAGCCAUACAUAUUGUUUUGUUCAUUGUUUUAGAAUGUCAUAAUAGCGAUAUGUCUUUUAAAUUGACGUCGUAUUCACAAUUAUGGCAAAUGUAUUUGAAUACCGUAAAUAUAAUUCUCGGCAUUGGAUAAUUAAUUUAGAACACUUAAAAUAUUAUUUGGCCCUCAUCUGUGUACCUAUAUUAAGGUAAAUUAGCGCAGCUGUCGAGAAGGAAAGUAAAAGAAAAACAAUAAUACACGAAACCGGUUUACAAGUAAUUUUUGCGAAAAAUAUUACCGAUUUUAUUGUCUAUUUAAUGUAUUUAUUUAUUGUCUCAUUGUCUAUAUAACUCUAUUAUUGAGACUUAAAUUUGAGCUUUAAUAUUAAACAUUCCAGAGCUAGUUUUACUUAGAUCAUAGGAGAUUUCAUCACUUAAUUACGAUUCUCUCAUACUCUAUAAAUAUGAUCAUCACAACGAUGAUAGUAUAAUCGAUGGUAAAUUUAUUUAUAAGAUAGAUACCAAGUUAACGAACUUAAAAAUCACAUUACCAAUCGCAAAUUUAAACUGUUUCAAUACCUAUCAAUAUUUAUUAAGCGCAUUAAUCAUUUUUUUUUUUUUUUGUAGUUACGAUGUAUUUUCUUAACGAUAUUACAUGACUCACCUAUUUUCGGUAGGGUUUAUGGGCAUCCCCAUAUGAUUCCUAAGCUCUAUCUUAAUUACAUCCCUCGUUGAAAACAUUCCAUCAUUUUGUGAAUGUUUGCCUACCUUAAACUAACUGCCCGUCUGAGCGUGACUAGUCGCUUUGGCUCAGGUAAAUUGAUUGGCAAUAUUGAUCGUAGCUCAGGGUUCUUCUGACCUCGUUUGAAUGAUAUGUCAUAGCGCUCAACAAACACACAGGGAGUUGACGCACAUUGCUUAUAGAAACUUAUCGAAUCAUUAAAUUAAUUAAGAAUAUUUAUCCCCUUACAAAGAUCAGUAUUAAUUACUAUUAAAAAAUUAGUGUACAGCCGCACGUUACCUGGGUGCUCAGUGCGAGUUUUUUAACUUAUCGAUCGCGUGAAAGCUCAACUCGACUCACACUUAACGGCCGUCUGGUGUAGUGGUACGUGACAUGGUCACUACACAAGGGGGUCGCGGGUUCGAAUCCCGCCAAGGGAAGAUAUUUGUAUGAUAAAUGUCUUUUCCAGGGCUAUGGAUGUUCAUUAAAUAUAUGUAUGUGUAUAAUAAAAAUCUUACAUUUAUUUCCGUUAUCUGGUACCUGUAAUACAAGUUCUUUACGAACUUAGUACGGGACCAGUUAAUGUGGCGUGAUUGUUAGGAAAUAUUUAUUUAUUUAUUUAUUCAACAAUUCAAAUUUGUAUGGAGUUGGAACAGCACCCUUCGCGGCAAACGUACGAAAUUGAGAAAUUAAAAAACUCGCACUAAGCACAGUGCUGCCUCUUCCGUGGCUUUCGAGUAAGAUGUCGCCAGUUCAAGGCAGCGUAAGUACCGAUUUUUGCUUUUCUGAAGUAAUUUUGUAUACGUAACAUGAAACGUGCUCUUUUUUUUUUAUUGCCCUUGUAGGCAGACGGGUAUACGGCCCACCUGAUGGUGAGUGGUUACCGUCGCCCAUGGACUUCAGCAAUGCCAGGGGCAGAGCCAAGCCGCUGCCUACCGCUUAAUACUCUCCACAAGCCUCGUUUGAAGAAGGACAUGUCAUAGCGCUCGGGAAACACCGUGGAGGGGAGCUCAUUCCAUAGCCGGAUGGUACGUGGCAAAAAAGACCUCUGGAAACGCACUGUGGAUGCUCUCACGGGCGCUAAGGGACACAGUAACGCUAUAGUCUAAAAAUAUACACUAGGGUCGCAUUAGUGUGAAUGCAAAAACGAGCUCUGUGUUCACCGUCUGCAGACACGUCUAUUUAGGAGAAGGAAAGCUACUAAAUGGAAAUAUUCACAUGAUAUCACAUCACAUUUCCAUUAAUUAAAAACGAAAAUCGUGGUAUACGUUGCGUACGUACAAAAAACAAUUAAAAUUAUUUUAUAUCAAAUUAUUUUUUAUUUAUUUAAUUAUUUAAUAUCAUUGUCAAAAUGUAACUCAACGUUUCCCAAGUCGUGAUAUAUUUUUGUCCUAUUUAUUGUAGUGCUAUUAUUAAUGUAAUUAUAAAACUAACAUGUUGUAAGUGAAAUAAAACUUAAUGAAUUUCA